UUGUCAGAAAAUUCAGAUAAUCUAAUACAAACUCGCAUUCUUUAUUAUUACUCAGUUCCUUCGUUAUAUCCAGCAAAAAUCAGGGUUCUUUUAGUCAUUUCUCAUCCUCGAAUCUCAUUCUCUCUCUCUCUCUCUCUCUCUCUCCUAAUCUCACUUGCGCUUUUCUCCCUAAAUUUCAUCGAUUUUUUCAGACAGAAAAAGAUCCUCUCGCACAGACCCUGAUAAAUCGACACUAGUAGUGCCAACUCUACAAACUCCGCACAGAACAAAAUAAAUAAAUAAAUAAAUAAGGCUUUGAGUAAGCAAUGGACGAAGCAUACACCGAUUCGAGAAAAUGGGAGGACAUGGAUAUAGACAUUCUGGUCAAGGUUUUCCAGAAUCUGGAUAUAUUCGAGUUGACUUCCGGUGUGGGCCACGUUUGUCGUACGUGGAGGAUGGCAGCUUUCGACCCUUGGCUGUGGAAGAAGCUCGAUAUGUCGCUGCUAAAAUCGAACUUCAUCAAAAUCCCGUUAGAGCCCUAUGUCUAUGUGGACGGUCGGUCGGAUAAAACGUUUACCCGUGUUUUGAAGAUUGCUUUGAAUCUCAGCCGUGGAAACGUGUCGACCUUGAUUUUUCAUUACAAUAUGUACGUCAGUGACGACCAGUUGUUGUACACUGCUGAAAGGUGCCCACAUCUGAAGCGCCUCGUAAUGCCAGCCUGGAACAGAAUAAAGAAGACAGGCAUAUGCAGAGCUGUACAGAUGUGGCCGAAUCUCGAAUCGCUCACAAUGCCCAGCAUAUCGAACCCUCCAUAUCUCAUGGAAGAAAUCUCGAAAAAUUGCCAGAAAUUCACCGAACUGAAAAUCAUGGGACCGUGCGAUAUUCUCUUCGCGUCAACCUUAGCUGCUUUUCUACCGAACCUUAAAGUACUAAGCGUCCGAUGCUCCGUCCUUUUCAAGGAAGCGCUUGUCAUAAUCCUGGAGGGAAUAAAAGGGCUGGAAGUGCUGAACAUAUCUCACUGCAUGCUCGUCGAAGUGGGCCCACAGCCCGGGCCCAGGAGAGUCCUCACGAGGCUCGACAAAUCGAUUCUCGAAAAAACGAGCCGUUUGAAGAAAUUCGUGACGUGCAUGAGCGAUUCUUGCGUUGUUUGUCAGAGAACUAGGAAUGACGAGGGGCUGAUUAGGUGGUACAAGUACGAGGAAGAUUUUUGGAGGGUCGAUGAAGUGAGUUCUCUUGCGGUUUGAGUGGAUAUCUUUUUUUUUUUUUUCGAGUGUUGUAUGAAACUUGUGUGAUCGAUCUUUGCUCGAGACGGCGAAAAACUUAAUAAGGCCUGUGUAGACAGAUUUGUAAGUAGGGGUCAUGUUUUACUUGACUGUAUGAUUUGUGUUUUUUUUUUUUUAAUUGAAAGGUUGUUUGUUUUUCUGGUGAACAAAUUUGUUAGCCGAUUUGUUCUAUGUUACAUCCGGUGAAUUCCGUCCGGA